GUCAUCAUGAACCACUGGGUGUGCUUUAUCUUGGCCACAGGAACCUGGAUGAGCGGCUGUGUCCAUGCCAUUGUCCUAACCUCCCUCACCUUCAAACUACCCUAUUGUGGCUCCAACCAGGUGGGCUACUACUUCUGUGAUAUACCUGCAGUGUUGCCUCUGGCCUGUGAGGACACCUCUCUAGCUCAGAGGGUAAGUUUUACAAAUGUUGGUCUUGUGUCUCUGGCUUGCUUUCUAAUCAUCCUUGUGUCCUACAUUCGCAUUGGGAUCUCCAUAUUGAAAAUCCGCUCAACAGAGGGCAGGCAAAGAGCAUUCUCCACCUGCAGUGCCCACCUCACUGCAAUCCUUUGUGUUUAUGGACCAAUAGUCAUCAUCUAUCUGCAGCCCAACCCCAGUCCCUUGCUUGGUGCUAUAAUUCAGAUCGUGAAUAACCUUAUAACUCCCAUGCUGAACCCACUAAUCUACAGCCUGAGGAAUAAGGAUGUAAAGUGUGCCCUGAGGAAUGAGUUUCUUAAGAGAAGCCAUACUUUGAAAAGUAAAUGA